CUUCCUGCAAAAAUCAUAAUAUACUCGUAGUUAACGGCUAUCAGAAUAUUAAUCUGACCAGUCCAACAACGAGAAUAUUACACUGGCGCAGUCGAGUACGGAACUUUCAAGGAGUUAGAAGCGAGUCAAGCAGUCAACGCGGCGGAUUUCAACUUCUGGGGUCGAGGCGAGCAGUCAAUUCAACGUCAGAGGUCCAGUUCCGGUGCAGCGACUACUAUCAACGUUUCAACUCCACGGAGGCAGCUCACACGAGUCACAGUCGAGGACCGAUCACCCUUGACAACUCCGGAGAGAAAGAACGAGUCAAGCAAGCAGAGACAGACAAAUAGACAGAAUGGCCCAAGCAGUUGGAGCAACAGUAUUGAAUAAAAAUCUAUUGUUUUGCGUCAAUUUGGACAUUGCAAUCUUACAUGGGGAACACGAUACAAGUUCAGUAGGCGGCGGUAAUGUACCAAAAUGUUUACCUGGACAUAUAGAAGUAGCAAAUAAACAGUUAAGCGAACCAUUUUCGGAAAGUGAACUUAAACGUAUUACACAAAGCCUUGUGACUUUCUUAUAUGAUAUGUCGAAAAGAAGAGGGAAAUUAGGUACACAGUGUUGCAAGGAUCUGGUCGAAUACAUGGAUUAUGUACCGGAACCAGAAACGUUAUUGAAGUAUAUAGACGAAUAUAUGAAAUAGGCUAAUAAAAGUAUUGAAUAAUUAUUAAUGAUGUAGAAAUAAUAUAGGAAAAUUAGUAUAAAUUAAUUAAGAGUUAGUUAU